AUGGCAGCAGUGACGAUGUCGGUACCAGGCCGGAAGGCGCCCCCCAGGCCGGGCCCAGUGCCCGAGGCAGCCCAGUCAUACCUGUUCACAUCCCGCAUGGCCGGCAUGGGUGGCGGGCCAGGCAGCGGGCCUGGGGGCUCGGCCACCUCGCCGCAGGUAGAGUGGACGGCCCGGCGCCUGGUGUGGGUGCCGUCAGAGGUCCACGGGUUCGAGGCGGCAGCGCUGCGGAAUGAGAGUGAGGAGGAGGCGGAGGUGGAGCUGGCGGAGAGCGGACGGCGGCUGCGGAUUCCGCGGGACCUGAUCCAGCGCAUGAACCCACCUAAGUUCAGCAAGGCCGAAGAUAUGGCGGAGUUGACCUGCCUCAACGAGGCCUCGGUUCUGCACAACCUCCGUGAGCGAUACUACUCCGGCCUCAUCUACACGUACUCCGGCCUUUUCUGCGUGGUCAUCAACCCAUACAAGCAGCUUCCCAUUUACACGGAAGCCAUCAUAGAGAUGUACCGGGGCAAAAAACGCCACGAGGUGCCACCCCAUGUGUAUGCAGUGACCGAGGGGGCUUACAGAAGCAUGCUGCAGGAUCGUGAGGAUCAGUCCAUUCUGUGCACUGGGGAGUCUGGAGCCGGGAAGACUGAAAACACCAAGAAGGUCAUCCAGUACCUCGCCCACGUGGCAUCAUCCCCAAAGGGCCGGAAGGAGCUUGGUGUUCCUGCCUCCGCCAGCACCAUGUCUUAUGGUGAGCUGGAGCGGCAGCUACUUCAAGCCAACCCCAUCCUGGAGGCCUUCGGCAAUGCCAAGACGGUGAAGAAUGACAAUUCUUCUCGAUUUGGAAAAUUCAUUCGAAUCAACUUUGACGUUGCUGGGUACAUCGUGGGUGCCAACAUUGAGACCUACCUGCUGGAGAAGUCUAGGGCCAUUCGCCAGGCUAAGGAUGAGUGCAGCUUCCACAUCUUCUACCAGCUGCUAGGGGGCGCUGGCGAGCAACUCCAGGCCGACCUCCUCUUGGAGCCAUUUUCUCACUACCGCUUCCUGACCAAUGGACCGUCCUCCUCCCCUGGCCAGGAGCGAGAGCUCUUCCUGGAGACGCUGGAGUCUCUGCGGGUCCUGGGAUUCACCCAUGAGGAAAUCACCUCCAUGUUGCGGAUCGUCUCGGCCGUCCUCCAGUUUGGCAAUAUCAUCCUGAAGAAAGAACGGAACACAGAUCAAGCCACCAUGCCGGACAACACAGCUGCGCAGAAACUCUGCCGCCUCCUGGGCCUAGGGGUGACGGAUUUCUCCCGUGCCCUGCUAGCUCCCCGCAUCAAGGUCGGCCGGGACUAUGUGCAGAAAGCCCAGUCUAAGGAGCAGGCUGACUUCGCGUUGGAGGCCCUGGCCAAGGCCACUUAUGAGCGCCUCUUCCGCUGGCUGGUACUACGCCUAAACCGUGCCCUGGACCGCAGCCCGCGCCAGGGCGCCUCCUUCCUCGGCAUCCUGGACAUAGCUGGCUUCGAGAUCUUCCAGGUCUGUGCCACCUCCAGCUGGGAUGGGGCUGAGGGCUGUAUCCUGCUCACCUCCGGAGCCAACCCCCCUGGUCUCCUGGCUCUGCUGGACGAGGAGUGCUGGUUCCCAAAGGCCACCGACAAGUCUUUUGUGGAGAAGGUGGUGCAGGAGCAAGGGAGCCACCCCAAGUUCCAGCGGCCACGGCAACUGCGAGACCAUGCAGACUUCAGUGUCCUGCACUACGCUGGCAAGGUCGAUUACAAGGCCAAUGAGUGGCUGAUGAAAAACAUGGAUCCUCUGAAUGACAACGUAGCAGCCCUGCUUCACCAAAGCACAGACCGACUGACAGCAGAGAUCUGGAAAGAUGAACACGGGGGCUUCCAGCAGUUCUCCUUCCUGGGUUCCUUCUCGCCAUCGCCUUCCGGAUCUGCAGAGAGGCACAGCUCUGCCGUUUCCUCAUCAGGGGUGGAGGGCAUUGUGGGGCUGGAGCAAGUAAGCAGCCUCGGGGAUGGCCCACCGAGUGGCCGUCCCCGCCGGGGAAUGUUCCGGACAGUGGGACAGCUCUACAAAGAAUCCCUGAGCCGUCUCAUGGCCACACUCAGCAAUACCAACCCCAGCUUCGUCCGCUGCAUCGUCCCCAACCACGAGAAGAGGGCUGGAAAACUCGAGCCCCGGCUGGUACUGGACCAACUCCGUUGUAAUGGUGUCCUGGAAGGCAUUCGAAUCUGCCGGCAGGGUUUCCCCAACCGCAUCCUGUUCCAGGAGUUCCGGCAGCGGUAUGAGAUCCUGACGCCCAACGCCAUCCCCAAGGGUUUCAUGGAUGGGAAGCAGGCCUGUGAGAAGAUGAUCCAGGCCCUGGAGCUGGACCCCAACCUCUACCGAGUGGGGCAAAGCAAGAUCUUCUUCCGGGCCGGGGUCCUGGCCCAGUUGGAGGAGGAACGGGAUCUGAAGGUCACGGACAUCAUUGUGUCCUUCCAGGCAGCUGCCCGGGGCUACCUGGCCCGCAGAGCUUUCCAGAAGCGGCAGCAGCAGCAGAGCGCCUUGAGGGUGAUGCAGCGGAACUGCGCAGCCUACCUGAAGCUGAGACACUGGCAGUGGUGGCGGCUGUUCACCAAGGUGAAACCACUGCUGCAGGUGACGAGGCAGGAUGAGGUGCUGCAGGCUCAGGUCCAGGAGCUGCAGAAAGUGCAAGAGAUGCAGCAGCAGAGUGCCCGCCAGGUGGGCGAGCUCCAGGACCGCCUGGUGCAGUUGGAGGAGGAGCGGACCCGGCUGUCGGAGCAGCUUCGGGCAGAGGCUGAGUUGUGCGCUGAGGCGGAGGAGACGCGCGGGCGGCUGGCAGCACGCAAACAGGAGCUGGAGGUAGUGGUGUCAGAGCUGGAGGCCCGAGUGGGCGAGGAGGAAGAGUGCAGCCGCCAGCUGCAGACGGAGAAGAGGAGGCUGCAACAGCACAUACAGGAGCUGGAGACCCACCUGGAAGCUGAGGAAGGGGCGCGGCAGAAGCUGCAGCUGGAGAAAGUGACGACAGAGGCGAGGCUGAAGAAGUUAGAAGAGGGUCUGCUCCUUUUGGAAGACCAGAACGCCAAGCUGAGCAAGGAGCGGAGGCUGCUGGAGGAACGUCUGGCUGAGUUCUCGUCCCAGGCAGCCGAGGAGGAGGAAAAGGUGAAGAGCCUCAAUAAACUGCGGCUCAAAUACGAGGCCACAAUCGUAGACAUGGAAGACCGCCUACGGAAGGAGGAGAAGGGCCGUCAGGAGCUAGAGAAACUGAAGCGGCGGCUAGAUGGCGAGAGCUCCGAGUUACAGGAGCAGAUGGUGGAGCAGCUGCAGCGGGCGGAGGAGCUGAAGGCCCAGCUGGGCCGCAAGGAGGAGGAGCUGCAGGCGGCCCUAGCCAGGGCGGAGGAGGAAGGCGGGGCACGGGCCCAGCUGCUAAAAUCGCUCCGGGAGGCCCAGGCAGGAAUGGCCGAGGCUCAGGAGGACUUGGAGGCGGAGCGUGUGGCCAGGGCCAAGGCCGAGAAGCAGCGCCGAGACCUGGGCGAGGAGUUGGAGGCACUGCGGGGCGAACUGGAGGACACGCUGGAUUCUACCAACGCACAACAGGAGCUCCGAUCCAAGAGGGAACAGGAAGUGACAGAGCUGAAGAAGGCUCUGGAGGAGGAGACGAAAAUUCACGAGGCGUCAGUGCAGGAGCUGAGGCAGCGCCAUGGCCAGGCGUUGGGGGAGCUGGCGGAGCAGCUGGAGCAGGCGCGGAGGGGCAAAGGUGCGUGGGAGAAGACCCGUCUGGUCCUGGAGGCCGAGGUGUCAGAGCUGCGGACAGAGCUGAGCAGCCUGCAGGUGGCCCGGCAAGAGGGCGAGCAGCGGAGACGGCGCCUGGAGGUGCAGCUGCAGGAGGCGCAGGGCCGGGCUGGCGACGGGGAACGGGCGCGCGUGGAGGCCACAGAGAAACUGCAGCGGGCCCAGGUGGAGCUGGACAGUGUAUCUGGGGCGCUGAGCGAGGCUGAGUCCAGAGCCAUCAGGCUGAGCAAGGAGCUGAGCAGCACCGAGGCCCAGCUGCACGACGCCCAGGAACUGAUGCAGGAAGAGACCAGGGCAAAGCUGGCCUUGGGGUCCCGGGCACGAGCUCUGGAGGCUGAGGCAGCUGGCCUGCGGGAGCAGCUGGAAGAGGAGGCCACAGCCAGGGAGCGGGCCGGUCGGGAGCUACAGGCAGCCCAAGCCCAGCUCUCAGAGUGGCGGCGGCGCCAGGAGGAGGAAGCAGGGGCCCUGGAGGCAGGAGAGGAGGCACGGCGACGGGCAGCCCGUGAGGCUGAGGCUCUGACCCAGCGUCUGGUAGAGAAGACGGAGACAGUGGAGCGGCUGGACCGGGGCCGCCGCCGGCUGCAGCAGGAACUGGAUGAUGCAAUCAUGGAUCUGGAGCAACAGCGGCAACUCGUGAGCACGCUGGAGAAGAAGCAGCGCAAAUUCGACCAGCUCCUGGCGGAGGAGAAGGCAGCAGUACUGCGGGCGGUGGAGGAACGUGAGCGUGUCGAGGCAGAGGGCCGGGAGCGUGAGGCUCGGGCCCUGGCACUGACACAGGCCCUGGAGGAGGAGCAGGAAGCGCGUGAGGAGAUGGAACGGCAGAACCGGGCCCUGCGGGCUGAGAUGGAGGCACUGCUUAGCAACAAGGAUGACGUCGGCAAGAGCGUGCAUGAACUGGAACGAGCCUGCCGCGUGGCAGAACAGACAGCCAGCGACCUCCGAACGCAGGUGACAGAGCUGGAGGAUGAGUUGACGGCCGCUGAGGACGCCAAGCUACGCCUAGAGGUGACCGUGCAGGCUCUGAAGGCACAGCACGAGCGGGACCUGCAGGGCCGAGAUGAGUCUGGUGAAGAGAGACGCCGGCAGCUGGCCAAGCAGCUGAGGGACGCCGAGGUGGAGAGGGAUGAAGAGCGGAGGCAGAGGGCCCUGGCUGUGGCCGCCCGCAAGAAGCUGGAAGGGGAGCUGGAGGAGCUGAAGGCUCAGAUGGCAGCCGCCGGGCAGGGCAAAGAGGAGGCGGUGAAGCAGCUUCGCAAGACGCAGGCCCAGAUGAAGGAGCUGUGGCGGGAGAUGGAGGAGACACGCUCUGCUCGGGAGGAUAUUUUCGCCCAGAACCAUGAAAGCAUGAAGCGUCUGAAAGGGCUGGAGGCUGAGGUGUUGCGGCUACAGGAGGAACUCGCUGCCUCCGACCGAGCCCGGCGUCAGGCCCAGCAGGAACGGGAUGAGAUGGCAGACGAGGUGGCCAGUGGCAACCUUAGCAAGGCAGCCAUUCUGGAGGAGAAACGCCAGCUGGAGGGACGCCUGGGGCAGAUGGAAGAGGAACUGGAUGAAGAGCAAAGCAACUCAGAGUUACUCAAUGACCGCUACAACAAGCUGCUCCUACAGGUAGAGUCGCUGACCACGGAGUUGUCAGCUGAGCGCAGUUUCUCAGCCAAGGCUGAGAGUGGGCGGCAGCAGCUGGAGCGACAGAUUCAGGAGCUGCGGGGGCGUCUGGGUGAGGAGGACGCUGGAACCCGAGCCCGUCAGAAGAUGCUCAUUGCUGCCCUCGAAUCGAAGCUGACCCAGGCUGAGGAACAGCUAGAGCAGGAGAGCAGGGAGCGUAUCUUGUCAGGCAAGCUGGUGCGCAGAGCUGAGAAGCGGCUCAAAGAGGUGGUGCUCCAGGUGGAGGAAGAGCGGAGAGUGGCUGACCAGCUCCGGGACCAGCUGGAGAAGGGGAACCUCCGGCUGAAACAGCUGAAGCGGCAGCUGGAGGAGGCUGAAGAGGAGGCCUCACGGGCUCAGGCAGGCCGCCGGAGGCUGCAGCGGGAGCUAGAAGACGUUACUGAGUCGGCUGAGUCUAUGAACCGAGAAGUGACCACACUGAGGAACCGACUCCGACGUGGCCCUCUCACGUUUACCACCCGCACCGUGCGACAGGUCUUCCGCCUGGAGGAGGGCGUGGCAUCGGAUGAAGAGGCUGAGGAGGUGGAGCCAGGGUCUGGGGCCCCGCCCCCAGAGCCGGAUGGUCCAAUGCAGGCGCCGCCCCAUUGA